CGACGCCGGGUGCUUGCACGACUGCCAUCCGCGGAGAGUCGGAGCUGUCGCCGCCGGUUUUGCUGCUACAUGGCCGGCCUGUGUUACGUGAGCGCGGGGCAUGACCCCCGCACACGCACCCGCUCGUUGCUAUGCGUAAGACGUCACAAGAUGGCGGGGACUCAACAUCUAUUACAAGUGGGAUAGAAAACGAGGCUAAAAAGCCCAUAGUAGGCAUAAUGAAGACGAAGAGAAAUUCAAUAAAGAGAAAAGUGCAAAACUUUAGUCAUGAAUCAGAUGACGCUAUCAUUGAACCAUUAUUACAAAAAGAUAAGGAUAAAACAGAGAUUCCAAACCAAAGUGCCAAAUAUCUUCUGUCAAAAACAAAGACUGACUCUAUGGGUGAAAAAGAAAAUGAUAAAGAAAAACUUUUGUCUGAUAACAAGCAUGAAAAACCUUCUUUAUCUACUGCUCCUAGCACAGUAGAAGGUAAAUCUUUAAUUAAUGUCACAAAUGAAAAUCAUGUAGAGAAAUCUUUUUCUAUCUCACCGUCUACCAUCUAUAAUCAUAUGAAUACUAAUAUUUUUGGUAGUUCUGAUGGAACAAAGAAUAUUGUCUCACCUAAAACUCAAAUUCUUGUUGAAAUUGAUGCAACCAAACAAACAGGUUAUAGUCCAAGUCCUUUAAUUUUUACAACAGCUAAAAUUCAUGCUGAUGGUAAAGCGAAACAUAUGGAACCGGUACAGGUAACGCCAGUACCAAUUCUCUCAACGAUUGAAGGUAGUGUUGUUAAAGCUGCGAGUAUAAGUAAUAAUGAAAAUAAAAUUUUACCUGUAUCCGCUGGUAAAAUGAAUAGUUGUUUAAAUCCAGUUUUUAUACCUUGUACAAAUGAUUCAGAAGUUGCUACUGAACAAAAAUCUACCACAAGCGAUGUUGUUCACAACAAUUCAACAUGUUCAGAACUAUCAAAUAAAUCAUUUAAUGAAAAGUCAGAUGCAAAUAAAGUUACCCAAAAUAUAUCUAUUACAUGUGAUUUUACCAAAUCUACAAAAACAGAUCCUACUACUGUGCCAAUUAAAACAGUAAAAUGUGAUAGUGUUACAUCUAUUCAACAAAUUUCUCCAAAUAUUUCAAAAUUAAGUGAAAAUAAAAACAGCACAUGCAGUUCCACUAUAAAAGAUAUUUCUGUAAAUGUACAAAGUACGAUAGACGUAAAUAAAAACAUUGAUUAUGCUAAUAUUUCUGAUAAAAAAGUUCUUCCUGACUUAUGUAAUUUAAAACAAUUGCAACGUCAAAAUAAUGGUGCAAUAGAAAAGCCUCAUAAAUCACCAUCGGAUUUAAUUGUUAGUAAAUCUUCAAAUGAUACAAUAAUAGGCAUAUCUAAAUAUAAUAAUACGUUAAGUAGCACUCCAAAUGUAAAAGAUGAAGUGAGUUCUUUGCCCGCAACAAAAUCGCUAUCUAGUUCAGUUACAUCAGUAAAAAAAUCAAAUAUAACAUCAACAAUUACACCAACCACGACAACGAUAGUACAAACAACGCCAUUUAAAGGAAUAAUUGUUACGUCUACUGAUAAAACAAUAACAAUAUGUCCAUCUACAAUUUCAACGGUAACAGUACCGUCAGAUGCAAAAUUUGACACACCAUUGAUUUCGACUACUUCUAAAUCUAUCAUGUUAGAUGAAAUUACUUCACAAGUUCAACCUGUGGCACUAACAACCUCAACAACAGUACUGACAUCAGAUUUAUCGAUUGACAACAUAUCUGGGGUCCCUUUGAAGACUACUGUAUCGAAUCAAUCACCAAUAUCUAAAACAACAACAGCGAUAUCAUCUAUGGUUACGUCAUCAGCAAUGUCAUUACCACAUGAUAAUACAGUUUCAAUAACUACGGAAGACAAAGUUUUAUUUCAUAAAGCUGAUGUAACAACAAUAUCAUCUAUGGUUAAACCUCACUCAUCAAUAAUUACAUCAACUUCUAAGCCUGUAUUGACAUUGGAAUCGUCGACGAAAAAGCCAAGGACAGAAAUGGUAGCAUCUACAGGUAAAUCAUUGAUAAUGCUAUCAGAAAAUAAGGAUAUAACGACAACAACAUCAGCAGUGAAACCUCCAACAACGACAUCAUCAGGACACAAAUCUCAGACAACAAUAAACUCAACUACUAAGAUGACAUCAGCACAUUCACCAGUUAAUACGACAAAGUCAACAGUAUUUAAUCCUACAACAUGCGUAUCAUCAACAUAUAAAUCUACAAUAUCAGAUUCAUCUAAUAUUAAACCUACAGUAACAACAUCAAUUAUUAGUCAACCUAAUCAGAAGAUAGUUUCUUCAAUAGGAGAUAAACCUUCAACAUUAAAAACUGUACCCCAUCAAACUGCAGUUUCAACAGUAGGAGGCAAAUCUUCAACAGCUAAACCUACGAUUACUAAUGUUUCAUCUAUAAAAGUAACUACUGCUGCUAUUAAAACUACGGCGCCAGUAGCGAUGACUUCUUCUGUUUCAAUUGUAUCAAAAACAGAGGCAAAAAUUGCGACAUCCCCAAGUUCAGUGUCUACCGUAUCAACAAAAUUGGAUAAAUCGAGUACAAAUCCCACAAUUGGACCUGGUAUACGUUCUGAAAAAGUUCAAACAACGCCCAUGAUAUCCAGUGUGCCAACUUCUUCAAAAAAUCUAAAUAAUUCAUCGACAAAUGCACGACCUACCAUAACAAAUACUACACAAGUAUUGGACUCCAAAAAUUCAAAAAUGCCUUUAGUUACAGCCAUUAAUACAAAAGCAACCACAAGUAUAAGUAAACAGUCAUCAGUAAAACCAAAGACUACUAAGGCUAGCAAUUCAUCCGAUAAUUCUGUUAAGACUUUAGUAAGUACGGGUGAGAAGUCUGCUACAGUUGCUGCUCAGCCAUCUACAUCAAACAAACAGAAAGAAAAAUCUACUGAACAUAAAAAUUUGAAAGCUUAACAUUCAUCACGCUUACUAUAUCUUUAUGUAAAGAAACAAAUCUACCGCUCAAUCUAACGUGAUAAUUAUAAGUAUCUUUGUUGUGUUAAAGUUAUAAAAAUCCUAUCUUAAAACUCGUUCUAUAGUCUUUCUAUUAUGGAACGUUAAAAUUUGUGCGAGACCUACAUAGUAUGUGUUGCACUAGGUAGGUAGGUAUAUGUUUAUUAAACACUUUAGGAAACUAAUAAAUUCCUCAUCAGUUGAAAGAAAAUAGUGUAUAAUUUAAAUAGUUGAAUAGUUUGUAAAUAAAAGUAUAAAAGUAAUAAAGAAUCGUAGUUUGCGAUUUAGAUAUUAAAUAAUAUUAUAAUAAAUCUGUAUCAGUUGAAUAUCGAAUGCCAAAUUCUAUAAUUAAAAUGUUUAAGUAAUAAAUAUGCGAAGGGCCUUGGGAUAAGAACAACAAAAAAGAUUUGGUUUAGGGUAUAAACUAUAAAUAUAAAUAUGUAUGAUAUGAUAAUUCUGCUCAUAAAAUGAAAGGAAUUGAAAAUAAAAAAAGACCUUAAUAUUAUAAUUUUAAGGGAAAGUAAAAUUAUGUAUUCAUUUACGAACAUCCAGUCAUUAUGAUUUUAAUAUUUAAAUUCACAAGAUUGGUAUUGUAAUGCAUUCAUAAUUAAAUGUUUCCAAAGUUUCGAUUCGAUGGUAGGUUAGUGGUGCUACGAAAGACAACAAUAUUUUUCAUAGACAAUAUUAUAAUAUUUUCGAGACCAUUUAGAGAUGAUUUCAUUCAUCUCACACAUCGUCAAUUUAUAUCAUUAUUUAAUUAAUAAAAUGUCAAACAUACUGAAUAUUUCUACAUUCUAUUUUACUCAUGAUUGAAGAGAGAAAAUUAAUAAAAACGCAGGGUAGCGACAGAUAAUACGAAUAUUAUUUAUUAAAUAUUAUAAAGUAAUACUUAAAUUGAAAUAUUACAGUAAUUUUAACGAUUAUGAUGGUGAUUGAUGAACAUUGCACUGUCUUUAUACUCAUUAUGCUUCUUCGAAUAAGUAACAUAGGUGUACAACACAGUAUACCUAGUUCCGUGGCAAAUUAUUUACUGCUCUAUUUAAGAUUAUAGACUGAGUUAAUGAAAAAAGAUAUAAAAUUGUACUAGACAAGAAAGACUCUUUGAUCUAAGAUAUUGCGAUGUGUGCAUAUUUUACACGGUAUCGUGCCAAUAUUUACCUAGUAACCAUUGUGUGUGUCCUUGUAUGUACUCGUACAAAAAACAAUAAGUAUAUAAAAAUACUCCUUAAGAUGAUUAGUUAUACAUACUGUACCGUUAUUAUAACUAAGAAAUACAACAAUAACAAUUUUCAUAAAAUGCAUGGAGUUUUAUAAAACUAACAAUAUAUACCUUAAUGUAUUUAUGUACAUACGUCCAACUACAAAAUAACUCCGUCUGAGAUUUGCACAAAAAUGUUAUAAUUUCUGAUUUCUACAUAAGUGUAAGCUGCCAAUUUCGCUCAAAACAUAUGUAUAUUAUAUAAGCAAUUAGAUUUUCUUUGUAUAUUUUUAAUCUCCAAUAAUUAUUAUACACAUAAUAUUUUUUGUAUUUUAGUUUCCGCAGUUAUUCAGGUUGUUUCAGUGAGUAAGAUCAUUGUCAAAACUAUGGUUUUUGCUAUAAUUCAAUUAGGCAUAUUGUUAUUUACGAAUAAUAUAAUUGUUAUUGUGUCAUUUUAUAAAUCGAUCAGUUGGUACUACUUAACCUAUGUUAUUGGCUAUGUAGUUGGGAUUAGGUAUAAUUUCAAAGGUCAUUUUAAUUAAUUGUCGAUAUAAAAUUGUAUAAUUUCGAAAACGUAACAUCGACUAUGCCUAUUUAUCUUUAACUAUAUAGCAUCCCGAAGUAGUUAUCAGUAUUACUUAGUAAUUUGGUGCAUUAUUUUAGGUCGAAAUCUGAAAUACGUCUCAUCUUCAUAUACAGAAUAUGAAUUCAAUAUCAUUUUUAACUCUUUAGAGGAUAUAUUCAAAAUUUGUUUCACAUAUUUUGCUGUAUUUAUUGGUAAACAAAAAUACGUACUUUGUAACUUUAGUAGUAUUUCAGCAAUGAUAAAUUGUCUCAUAACAUAAUAUUGUACCUAGUACACAGAUAAUACGUGAAUGUUUAUCACUCUCUCUUUUAUGUAAUAAUUUAAAACCACAUUUUCCAGUGUUCAGUAGAGUAGUUCAAUGUAUAGAUAUAAAAUGAAUAGGUACAUAAAAUUAUCUGUAUAAUUUGUCUUCUCAAUGCCCGCAAUUUUAAUUUAGUAUGUAAAGGAUAUUCUCAAAUUAGAAAUAUUUAUAAAGAAACCCGAUUGAGGCUUGCCGUACCACUGCCUAUCCUGGAUAUUAUAGUAGCAGCUUGUAUGAUCGAUAUCAUGCAGAUCAAUACAUUCGUGCCUACAAAUAGAUUGUAUGUUUCCUUUGAUACGAUGCCGUGUAAAUAGGUCAUCACAGUAUUUAAUUUUAUUCUUCAUUGCUAAACUGUAUACCGUUCACUGAACACUUUAAUAGCUGAAUCUCUUGUUUUAUAUAAAAAAAAAAAAAAAAAACAUAUGCGAUAGCAUAAAAUUUAUUUACUGGUAUAUGAAUUCCUAGAGAUUUUGAGCAGAAAAUCUAACUUGCGAGGCGGUCGCAAAGACAAUUCCGUUUUUAGUAAUUAGGUAUCUAUGUAAUACCAAUGUAUUUAUUUUUAAAGUAUUACGCAACGUAUAUAACUUAGGUUUAGAUUGUUAAGUAGUAAUUUUUUUUUAUUUUAUGUUACAAAAUAUAGUACAGUUUUAGUUUAGACACUUCUAAUAUCAAAGAUUAAAAAAAAAAUUGAACAAUUAAAAUAUAAAAGUAACCAUUCAGUAGAAGCUUUAUAUACUUAAUAAUAAGAGUUCUUUGCACUAUCAAAUGUUCAGCAAUUUCAAUUAAGUACGUAUUCGAUUUAAAUGAUUGAGUAUGUACAAUUUCAAUAUAGACACCUUAGGGCACUCUCCUAAGCCAUACAGCGUAACCGUCACUGCAUUUUUUUAAUUGAAAAUUACACAUACACCAAUAAUAUUCGGUUUUUAUUUUAGUAAUAUCACCAUAACAAUGCAUAGCCAGCAUUGGACAAUGGAAAGAAAGAGUUGUCCUUAUCUUGCAUUGGUGUAUUAUAUUUUAUUUCCCUAAUUGUCUUUUAUAACAUCUUGAGCUGAAAAUGAACAGCAACACAUGGGUGUUAUUAUCAUUUUCAUCCCCAAUUUGAUGCUAUCACCAUCAGAAUACCAUUACUCUGAUAGUGAUAGCAUCUAUACUAAGCAAGUUUUUAUAACUAUACUAUACGAUAAUCAGAGGUGUCAUAAAAGACACGAGUGUUUUUAUACAAUAUUCUUGAAAGUGAAAAUACUAUGACGGUAGAUUUUCCACGUAGGCCGAAAGGGGAGUGCUUUAUCUAUUGUAUCAAGUCAAGUUAGUAAAUUAGACUUGUCGUUUAGAUAUUUUACUCAAAUUAUAGAUUUAUAGUAAGUAAAUAAGAAUAAUAUGAUAACGAUUGUGUUGUUAUUAUUUUUUUAGACGAAUUUAUUUUGAUAACUAUCAUGUUUUAACCUGUAGUUAUUUAAUGGUUUUAUAAAAGAACUUACACUUUUUAAUAUAUAUUUUUUUUGAAAAAAUAUUGUAACUCCUACCUAUUUAUACCUAGGUACCUAUCCAUAUUAGUUCCCUGUAUGUAACAUAAAUAUGAUUGUAAUGAGUGAAGGUAGUAUUCGUGAGUGCGCUUCUGAUUGUGCGUAGGCGCAUGAGGAACGCGGUUAUAUUAUUAUUAUAGCGUUAGCCUAUCAAAAAUUGUAGGUAAUGCGUAGUGCUGCGUAACGCAACGCGAUGCAGAGUUGAACGUACUUAAGGCAAUAUGGAAAUUGACAUGUAUUUGAUAUAGAUACUAUCUCAGAGACGUAUGUUUCUAUGAGACAAUUAAAACACGCCUAAUUGAAUAGAGAUAUUGUUGUUACAACUUGAUGUAUUUUAGAGAAUUAUUGAUUAAAAAUCGAUGUUACAUAGAUGUUUAUUAUUGUAAAUAUUAGACUUAAUUAAAGCCAAAGGUGUAUGACAUGUUCUAGAGUGUUAUAGAAGGCUGUAUUUUUUGGGUGAUAUUUUAGAAAUGGACGGUAUCAUAUCUUUGAUAAUAUUAUUUAAAAUAACACUGGAAGGAAAUAGGAAGCGAACGGUCAUAGGAAUGGUAAAUGAUGUGAUAAAUGCUAAAGAUUUUAGUUUUAGUGUUGUUGUGCUAUUAAUAAAAUAUGUUCAAAUGUG